AUGGACAUCGACGGGGUGAUGGAGGUGGCGGCGCUCGGCCGGCCCUUCUGCCUGGGGAUGCUGUACGACUGUCGCAGAGAUUCACUCGUGCCUGGAAUGACAUUGUGGGAUCACGAUGACCUGAGAAAAGAUAUUCGAGAAAGUCCUCAGAACUAUAAUGAUUUAGAGAUCAUUGCAUCUGAAUCGAUUAAGGAUAAAUCUUCAGCACUAAAUGUUGAAGCAUCACUGAAGGCCAGUGUCUUUAGUGGACUGGUUGAUGUUGACGGAUCGGCCAAGUACCUGAAUAAUCACAAGACAUCCAGAAAUCAGGCCAGAGUAACACUGAAGUAUGAAACUACCACUAAGUUCCAGGAACUUUCCAUGAACCAUCUUGGAAGAGGCAACGUGAAACACCUGUAUGUUUUUGAGAAAGGAAUAGCGACACAUGUAGUCACAGCUAUUCUUUAUGGGGCAAAAGCCUUCUUUGUGUUUGAUCGUGAGGUGUCAGAAGAUGAAGAUCUUCAAGACGUUCAAGGCAACUUGAAAGUAAUGAUCAAGAAGAUGCAAUGCAUCACUAUAGAUGGUGAAGGUUCCGUGAUGCUGAAUAACCAGGACAGAGAAAAGGUUGAACAAUUCUCCUGCAAAUUCCAUGGAGACUUUUUUCUUGAAAAGAAUCCUGUGUCCUUUCAGGAUGCUGUACAGGUCUGUCAAAGCCUGCCGCAGAUGCUGGGAUCCAAUGGGGAAAAAGCAGUUCCAGUGAAAGUCUGGCUGUUGCCAUUGACAAGUUUGGAUUCUUCUGCGGCUCGACUCGUCCGUCAGAUUAGUAUAAGAUUAGUUCAGGAAGCACAGAAAGUCCUGGAGGACUUCAGUGAGCUGGAAAUGAGAUGCAACGAUGCAAUGAGAACAACAACAGCAAAGCAGUUUCCACAGAUUGACAAAAAACUUAAACGUUUCGAAGAAAUGUGCUCUGAGUUCAAACUUGAAUUCCAACGAACCUUAUCAGUGAGACUUCCAUCUAUACGAGGAGGAGGUGAAGAGGAGGCUGUGCUUGCAGAGAUACUGAAGAAGAGACAUUCUUCCCCGUUCAACAGCAAAGACCUGACUGAGUGGAUGGACUGUAAAGAGAGAGAAAUCUACACCUUAAGAUCUUUCACCAACAUAAUGAAAAACACAAAGAUCAUCUCAUCUGAGAAUCAUCUGUACAAGGAAACUCUCAAUACAAAGUAUGCUGUGUGUUUAGUUUUCACCUCACUGGGAGAUGCUGAGCCGUACCUCUCAGCUCUAUCAAACUAUUUACAGUCAGAACCAACCACACCAGACCAGCCUCAAGAUCCACAUAUCUAUGACGUGGAGAAGGAGCAGUGGUACCUUUCAAACAAAGUACCUGAUGAAAUGAGCAAAAAAGCAAAGCUUUUCAGUGAUUUUUCAGAGGCCAACAAGGAGAACAAGAAUAUAACGUUCCUCACAGUGGGUUUGACAAAUGAGACACAGAAAGGUUCCAGCAUCUACCUUUAUGAAGGCGGCUCUUCCAGUAACGAGAACUUUGAACCACCUUCAAAGCCUGAAACUGUGAAAGAAAGUGAAAUAAACCACAACAGUGUGACACUGAAGAUUUCUCCUCCCAGAUUUGGAGCAGAGAACAUCACCUCCUACUCAGUUGAGUACUGUGUCCAUGGAGAAGAUGGAUGGCAACAAAAGACGGCAUCAGACGACGGAGACGUCACAGUGAGCGGCCUGAGUCCUAACACAGACUAUGUGUUCAGAUGCAGAGCUGUCACCUCAGUAGGUUUUGGACCAGUCAGUGAGGUCAGUGGAACCAUUAGAACUCUGCCCUGCAGCCCUCCUGGAGAACCUCAGGUUGAACCAAACUCAAGUGAGAUAUCCGUUAGCUGGCAGAGACCCGCUGAGCUUGGACAAGAUGUCCAUGUUCGGAGCUACAUUGUGGAGUACGCCCAAACAGACAAUGCAGUGACAGGAGAAGCUCUCCAGUGGAACCAAACAAUCUCAGGAGCUGAAAAGGCGAUGAUAUCCGAGCUUCCGUCUGAGACAGAGUACGUUGUCAGGGUCAGAUGUGACUGUGGUGUAGCUGGCAGAAGCAAGGAAAGCAUCUGUGUGAAUGUCUGCACAACAAAACGUGAAUCUGCUCGUCUAGCAGAACACCUGAAACACAUAAGCAACAGGAUAAAUCGUGAAUCUCCCUCACUUUACAAGCUGUCACUGAAAGAAGAAGAUAUUGAUAUAGAGGGAUGCAGAAGGUUUAUCUUAGGUAAAGAAAGCAUGAGGCAGAAUCGUACUAUCAUGCUCCUCGGAGCGACCGGCUCAGGAAAGUCCACACUCAUCAAUGGAAUUAUCAACUACAUUGUAGGUGUGGAGUGGAAGGACGAUUUUCGAUUUAAAUUAGUAGCCGAGGAUCAGUCUAGAUCACAAGCUGAGAGCCAGACUUCUGAAGUCACUGUGUACAAACUGAACCACCAAGAGGGGUUUAAGAUCCCCUUCUCUCUGACUGUUGUGGACACUCCAGGGUUUGGAGAUAUGAGAGGAGUCAUGAGAGACAUGAUGAUCAUAGAGCAGCUAAAAAAUCUCUUCUCUGUUUAUUUUGGUGGCAGUGAAAUCGAUGCUGUGUGUGUCGUAGUUCAGGCUUCUUCAGUACGACUCACACCAACACAGAGAUACGUGUUUGAUUCCGUGCUCUCAAUCUUCGGCAACGACGUGGCAGAAAACACCAGGAUUCUUGUGACAUUUGCAGACGGCAAACGUCCACCAGUUCUCGAGGCGAUCAACGCUGUGGAUGUCCCGUGUCCAAGAACAAAAGAGGGACUGCCGUUUUACUUCAAGUUCAAUAAUUCAGCGUUGUUUGCUCAAAACAAAUCGUGUUCAGCGGAGAGCGCGAGUGAGGAAGAUGAGGAGGGAGGCUUCGAUGAGAUGUGUUGGACCAUGGGGAUAAAAAGCAUGAAGAGGUUUUUUGUUGCUUUGAAUGUAAUGAAGACCAAAAGCUUGACAAUGACGAAGGACGUCCUCAGAGAAAGAGAGCAGCUCGAGAUCUCAGUUGAGAGUUUGCAGAAGCAGUUUAAAAUUGGGUUAUUCAAGCUCAAGGCGAUAAAUGAGAUGACUAAACAACUGAAAGAUCACGAGGCCGAGAUCAGAAGAAACAAGAACUUUCUGAACAAAGUCAAAGUCAAUCAGGCUUUUCAACGUGAUACUUCUGGUUCUGGAACUUUCAUCACAAACUGUCAUCAGGAAGUCAUAGAAAUAAAAACGGUAAAAGAGCUGGAAGAACAGUUCCUGACAGCCACGAAGGCUAAGAUACCUGUGCAGACACUGAUCAACAAACUGAAAGCUGAGUAUGAUCGUGUGCAGACUGAGGUGCAGGCACUGAUCAACAAACUGAUGGGUAAAUCUGCCAAGUGUCUAAACAGACUUAAAGAGAUCGCACUGAAGCCAAAUCCUCUGUCCACUCCAGAGUACAUCGACAUGCUGAUAGAAGGAGAGAAAUCUGAGGCCAAGACGGGCUGGAAGCAACGAGUCCAGUAUCUGACAGACAUGAGAGGAAUAGCAGAGGUUAUGGCUAAAGUGGACAGAGGAGAAGAGUUCCUCCAGAGUUCAUCAACAUUCUCAUAG